GGGCAGUGAAGGGGCACUCAAUGAAAGCGUAACGCUAUACGUGUGUGAAUCAUACGAUUGUGUCAUUCAUUCAAACAUUGUUUACGAAAACAACACAUUUGUGGCCAAAGCGUGGAUCCAUUGAGUGAUCACUCGUUAAACUCAAUUAACAAGCGAAUCGGUGGUGAAUAUCUGGCGCGGGAUGUGUUGUCGUGGCGGUAGACGUGCGAUGGGAGUGGUGUUGGUGUGGGGGAUGAUGUUGGGGGGAACGCCAGCCCAAGUGAACCCCAACUCCCUGUGGCUGAACUCACGAGGAAUGUGGUUGUCGUACGCCUGCGGAGUACUGGUCCUCCAUCUGGCGCUCCUCUCCUUCCCCUUCCUAUCGGUGGCCACCGUCUGGACCCUCACUAAUGUCAUCCAUAAUCUGGUGAUGUUCGUGUUCCUGCACGUACUGAAGGGCACCCCCUGGGAGAGUGGAGAUCAGGGGAAGGUUAGGAAACUGACGCAUUGGGAGCAGAUAGACGAUGGCAUUCAAUUCACUUCCACCAGAAAGUUCUUAACAGUGGUUCCCAUUAUAUUGUUUUUUCUGACGAGUUUUUACACGAAAUACGAUUCCUUCCACUUUGUGGUCAACUUUAUAGCCCUUCUGUUGGUGUUGUUACCAAAAUUACCACAAUUUCAUUGCGUCAGACUCUUCGGCAUCAAUAAGUACUGAACCCAACUGUCUGUCCCGACACAUCGAGUGCUGUACUUCCGUAAUGAUAUGAAUUUGAAUUAGUUUUGUAAUAACUUUUGUUAGUUAUAUGAGUAAUAAUCAAAUAAUGACAACAAAGUGAAAAUAUAAUUAUUAUUGUAUUUACUGUUAAU